GCUGACAGCAGCUGGCGUCGGGAGAGGAUUCUCCACGUGCCCCUGUGCCAGGAGGACUGCGAGCAGUGGUGGGAGGACUGCAGGGAGGCCGUCACCUGCAAGGAGAACUGGCACAAGGGCUGGAACUGGGCAACAGGAAGGAACCGCUGUCCCUGGGGCUCCCUGUGCAGACCCUUCAGCGAGGUCUUCCCCCGGCCCAGAGACCUGUGUGAGAAGAUCUGGUCCCACUCGUACAGAUACACCACGGCACGCCGGGGCAGCGGCCGCUGCGUCCAGAUGUGGUUUGACCCUGCCCAGGGGAACCCCAACGUGGCUGUGGCCAAGUACUACUCUUGGAGAAAGAAAUCCUCCCCUGCUGGGCUGGAGGACGUGGCUCCUGAGAGUGACCACGCUGUGUGUGCUCUGCCGUGGUCUGUCCUGGUCCUGCUGCCCCUGGCCCUCGUGCUGCUGCCUGAGGCAGCCAGGGGCUGUGGAUCCCGUGGAUGGGGGUCCCUGUGACUCUUUCCUAAAGGGACAUGGCCUGGACUGCUCCGAGGAGCUGGCACAGCUAACUUGGGUCUGCCUGUCCCAGCUGGUCACACACCCCAGUGUGAGCAGCUUCCAGCUGACCAGGGCAGGGAUUUCCUUGCCAUCCUGGGAAAGGCAAAGCAAUCUCUGCCCUGAUGUAGGAGCUCCUGCACAGCUGUUCCCACCCCACGGCUGUGCUGGGCUAGCUGAGCUCUGGUGUCAGGUCCUUUGGGCUGUGGGGACUCCCUGAAGGGUGGGGUUGAUAAUAAAGUUGUGCUCUGG